AUGAAGAAGCACUUGCGAGCCAGUUUUCUGCCAUACAAUUUUCAGAGAUUGAUGUACCAGCAACUGCAAAACUUACGGCAAGAAACUCGAACUGUGGAUGAAUAUACCACGGAGUUUUUUCAACUUAUAGUCCGGAAUGAGGUACAUGAGACUGAAGAUCAAUUGGUGGCGAGGUAUAUUGGAGGGUUGCGGGUGCAGAUUCAAGACACCGUCAAUAUGUUUGACCCACCAAGUGUCUCGGCAGCACAUCAAAGGGCUCUACAAGUUGAAAAGCAGUCCCGACGCAACAGUAAUUUCGGGAAUUCCUCCAGUAUAGGAAGCAAUAGUGGUGUGAGUCGUUCUGGAAGUAGAGGUGGUAGUAGCGGAGUGAACCGUCCUGGAGGGAGAGCCAACAGAAAUACUGUCAACACAAACCAAUCAAUUAGACCAACGGGUAGUGGGAUGAAAUGCUUUGGAUGUGGCGAAGUUGGUCACAGUGAGGAGGUCGUUGACGAGGAAGUAGUGACUGGAGACAUAGGAACGACACUGGUUGUUAGGCAUUCAUGCUUGACGCCUAAGAUUGUUGACGACAAUUGGCUGAAGCACUAUUUUCCAGUCCACGUGCACUGUCCACAGAAAGAGACAGUGCAGAAAUUGGGCCUCAAGACGGAGAAACAUCCUAAGCCUUAUAAAUUGGCAUGGCUGAAAAGGAGGGGGGGAGAUGUUAUAUGGUGUGAUGUGGUGGCGAUGGAUGCAUGUCAUUUAUUGUUGGGGAGGCCUUGGCAGUAUGACCGCCAUGUAGUUCAUGACGGGCGGACUAAUUCAUAUAGUUUCAUGUUUGAGAAUGUGAAGAUUGUGCUAGUGCCCAGCAAAGAGUCGGAGAAACCAACAUUUAUGGGUGUAGAACCGAAGCUCUUGUCAUUAGCGAGGUUCGAAGAAGAGGUGGACGAGUCACAGCUAGUUUAUGUGAAAAUCGGAAAAGAGUACCAAAUUGACCUGGAGCCAGGAGCGGCGCUGCCAAAUAGACCCCAUUACAAGAUGAGUCAUGGGGAGCAUGAGGAGUUGCGGAGGCAGGUUGAGGAGUUGCUGGCCAAGGGACAUAUCCGUGAAAGCCUGAGUCCCUGCGCAGUUUCGGCCUUGCUUACACCCAAGAAGGAUGGCUCGUGGCGCAUGGAGAAAUUCUAUGCUACCCUUAAGAAGUGUGUAUUCAUGGCAUCGAAGGUCUUAUUCCUUGGGUAUGUGGUCUCCGGCGAAGGACUGAAGGUAGAUGAGUCCAAGAUCGAAGUGGUGAAGCAAUGGCCGCAGCCGAGGACACUUAUUGAAGUUCGCAGCUUCCAUGGACUUGCUUCCUUUUAUAGGCGUUUCAUCCCUCAUUUCAGCACAAUUAUGGCGCCUAUAACAGAUUGCAUGAAGGGUGGAAAGUUCGUAUGGACGGAGGAAGCGGAGAAGGCAUUCCAGCUUAUCAAGAUGCGUCUUACGACUGCCCCAAUAUUAGUCUUGCCUAAUUUUGCUCAGCCCUUUGAGUUACAUUGUGAUGCUUCUAAAGUGGGCAUUGGAGCAGUUUUGAGCUAA